CACGCCGCCGCCGGUCAACAAAGAAGAAGACAACGCCGCCGCACGCCGCAGUCAGACGCGUUGUGGCUUGUUAUUAUUGUUGGUCAGUUCGUGCAGGUUGAAUGGCGUUUGGUGCUGGCAGAGAAAGCUCGGCAAAAUGUUGAAAGCUUUAGAAUCGGUGAAGGGACUGCUGAAGCUGGAUGCAGUGACCAUUGACAAUAACAUCUUCAGGCUGCAUUACAAAGCCACGGUGAUAAUUUUGAUUACCUUGUCGGUGGUAGUGACAUCAAAACAGUUCAUCGGCGACCCCAUCCACUGCAUGGGCGGCGGCGCGGUCCCCGAAAUGGUGAUGAACUCCUUUUGCUGGAUCAACUCGACGUUCACUCUCCCCGAGCGGGGUGGGCGCCUCGGCCAGGACGUGAUCCAGCCGGGCGUCGCCGGGCACACCGACCGCGACGAGCUGAAGUACCACAGGUACUACCAGUGGGUGUGCUUCGUGCUGCUCUUCCAGGCCGUCCUGUUCUACGUCCCCCGCUCUCUCUGGAAGCGAUGGGAGGGCGGCCGCAUCGAGAUGCUCGUCCAGGAGCUCAACAAGCCCGAGGGCGCCCAGGAGGACCACCAGAAGGUCGUGGUCGACUUCUUUACCACCAACAUGCACCAACAGAAUAUCUAUGCCCUCCGUUUUUUCAUGUGCGAGAUUCUCAACUUUGUGAACGUGGUCGGACAGAUAUAUUUUAUGGACAUGUUCUUGGACGGAGAGUUCUCAACCUACGGAUCUGAUGUAGUGAAAUUCACCAUGAUGGAGCCUGGAGAGCGAAGUGAUCCCAUGUCUCGUGUGUUCCCCAUAGUCACCAAGUGCACCUUCCACUAUUUUGGAGCUAGCGGCUCUGCGCAGACCUUGGAUGGUCUCUGCGUGCUGUCGCUCAAUAUUGUGAAUGAGAAAAUAUAUGUGUUCUUGUGGUUCUGGUUCGGGCUACUUUCAAUCAGCACUGGUCUGAUGAUGUUGUACCGCAUUAAUGUAAUUGUCUUCACGAAGAUGAGGAUGUAUUUGCUCCGCUCCCGUGCCCGUCUUGGACCAUUGGAGGACAUCAAGACCAUCGCAAUGAAGUACGAGAUAGGCGACUGGUUUCUCCUAUACCAGCUGUCAAGGAAUGUUAAUCCUCUCGUCUUCAAUGCAUUGAUAUCUGAUCUUGUCAAGAAAUUACAUGGCAAAGAGCAUGUUUAGCACCUGUAAAAUAAUUUUGACUUUAGUUUUUUAUCAUGCUUUUGUUUUUAGUUUAUUUUGUUAUUGUUUGCAAAGUUUAUGUAAAACGGAUGACUUUGAUUUUUAAAUGAUUUGGUUGUCAUCGAGUUGUUUUGCUGUUUUCAAUUAAUUUUCUUGCUACUGACUCUAAGUGCAUUUUGGGAUACCAGUAGAUUCAAAUAAGAGGCAAGUUCAUGUUACAAUAAUGUAUUCUGUACAAAAGUCAGUUAUAAAAUAUUCUUUCACAAUGUAUAGUGUACAGUGACAUAAGGUGGUGAAUAUAAAUAUGCAACAGGAAAAA